AUUAGUGAGCUGGUUCUCUAAAUGUAAAGUUGUGUCAUAUUGUAUCUUCCGCAGAAAAGUGAUUCUUUAUUAAAAUCAAAAGUGAAAAUAUAUGAGAAAAAAAGUGUAGAAAAAUAUAUCAAUAAGCUUUAAAGAGCCUUCCUCCCCACUAUUGGAAAAAAGGAAGAAAUAAAAAUCUCACCCUUUGUUAAAAGGGGAAAGAGAGCGAUACCACUUGCUAGAAAAUAGUAAACAGAGAGAUUUGUGCCAACAGCUGUUUAGUGUUUUUGUUUAUGUGUGAAUAAGCAUAUAUUUCUGAUUAAGAACAACCGAAAGAAACUUCCUUUAAAGCAAAAAUGUCCUAUCGUAUGAGAGCCACCAAAUGUCCCACAGAUGAACUGUCAUUGACCAACAAGGCCAUUGUCAAUGUUAAUGAUUUUCCGGAAGAUAUAAAGUACGCAGACAUCUCUCCCGGACCUGGCCAACAUUAUAUCUUUGCACUGGAACGCACUUCUGAAGUGCCACGAGGUCAUGUUGGCUUUUCAUUGGUACAGCGUAAGUGGGCCACUCUCUCCAUUAAUCAAGAUAUUGAUAUACGCCCUUAUCGCUUCGAUGGAAAUUCCGAUAUUAUUACUAUGGUCUCAUUUGAAACUGAUUUCUUGCAAAAGAAAACCACUUCCCAAGAACCCUACGAUUCGGAUUUAAUGGCAAAAGAAUUUUUAAUGCAGUUUGCUGGUAUGGCCUUAACCGUAGGUCAAACUUUAGUCUUUAGCUUCCAAGAUAAGAAACUCUUAGGUUUGGCCGUGAAAACUUUAGAGGCUAUUGACCCUAAAACUAUUAGUGAGGGCAAAGAGGCAGCCACUAGAAAUGUACGAUUUGGACGUAUAUCAGGCAAUACUAUAGUGCAAUUUGAAAAGGCCGAAAAUUCAGCAUUGAAUUUACAAGGCAAAUCCAAGGGUAAAAUAGUCCGCCAAUCGAUUAUAAAUCCCGAUUGGGAUUUUGGUAAAAUGGGUAUUGGCGGUUUGGACAAGGAGUUCAAUGCCAUCUUCAGAAGAGCAUUUGCAUCUCGAGUCUUUCCACCAGAGUUGGUAGAACAAUUGGGGUGCAAGCACGUAAAGGGUAUUUUAUUGUAUGGUCCACCCGGUACUGGUAAAACUUUGAUGGCCCGCCAAAUUGGUAAUAUGUUAAAUGCCAGAGAGCCCAAGAUUGUUAAUGGUCCACAAAUUUUGGAUAAAUAUGUGGGUGAAUCAGAAGCCAACAUCAGACGUUUGUUUGCUGAAGCCGAGGAGGAGGAGAAGAGGUUGGGUCCCAACAGUGGUCUACAUAUUAUAAUCUUUGACGAAAUCGAUGCCAUUUGCAAACAACGUGGUUCUGUGGCUGGUAAUAGUGGUGUCCAUGACACAGUGGUAAAUCAAUUGUUAGCCAAAAUCGAUGGCGUUGAACAGUUAAAUAACAUUUUGGUUAUCGGUAUGACAAAUCGACGCGAUAUGAUUGAUGACGCCUUAAUGCGUCCAGGUCGUUUGGAAGUACAAAUGGAAAUUAGUUUACCCAACGAACAGGGCCGUGUGCAAAUUUUGAAUAUUCAUACUAAACGCAUGCGGGAAUUUAAUAAAAUCGCAGGAGAUGUUGAUAGCAAGGAGAUUGCAACACUUACUAAAAACUUCAGCGGUGCUGAAUUGGAAGGAUUGGUACGUGCUGCUCAGUCCACGGCCAUGAAUCGCCUGAUUAAAGCUGAUUCUAAAGUAUCUGUCGAUCCUGAGGCCAUGGAAAAACUAAAGGUUACCCGUGCAGACUUUAUGCACGCUUUGGAAAAUGAUAUCAAACCAGCUUUUGGUACGGCCAUGGAAAUUUUGGAAAAUAUGCUUUCAAGAGGUAUCAUUAAUUGGGGUCAACCCGUGGCUAAUAUUUUGGAAGAUGGUAUGCUGUAUGUACAACAAGCACGAGCCACUGAAAGCUCUGGUCUGGUGUCGGUAUUGAUCGAAGGUUCUCCAAAUUCAGGCAAAUCUGCUUUAGCUGCCAAAUUGGCUAAAAUGUCAGAUUUUCCAUUUGUUAAGGUUUGCUCGCCAGAAGAUAUGGUGGGCUAUACUGAAUCGGCCAAAUGCUUACAUAUCCGUAAGAUUUUUGAUGAUGCCUAUCGUUCAAUGUUAAGUUGUAUUGUUGUUGACAAUGUUGAACGUUUGUUGGAUUACGGUCCUAUUGGUCCACGUUAUUCCAAUUUAACAUUACAAGCUUUAUUGGUGCUCCUUAAGAAACAGCCACCAAAGGGUCGUAAAUUAUUAAUUUUGGUUACUUCCAGCAGACGUGAGGUUUUGGAGGAAAUGGAAAUGUUAUCAGCCUUUACUUCUGUUCUACAUGUACCUAAUCUCUCUCAUCCCGAACAUGUUGUGGCUGUAUUAGAAGAUUCUGACAUCUUUAGCAAGGGUGAAUUACAAGCCAUUGGCAAGAAAAUGUCGGGCAAACGUGUAUUUAUUGGUAUUAAGAAAUUGCUCGCUCUCAUUGAUAUGGCACGUCAAACAGAACCUCAGCAUCGUGCUAUAAAAUUCCUUUCGAAAAUGGAGGAAGAAGGUGGUUUGGACAUGGUGGGAAAGCACUAACUACUUCGCAAUAGUUUGAACAUGUCCAUUGUUGAGCUCAACGUUGUUUUCUGAAUAUAAACAAAAACAAUUAUAUAAUAAUGGCAUUACUGUAAGUUAAAAGACAAAACAAAUUAUUCCAAAUCUUAUCAAACAAAACAAAAAACAAGAAAAUAAUUCUUAAUUAUUAAAAAAUUAAAUUAAUUAUCCAACGCAAAUAGCUUAAAAAUUACAAAUAUUUAUAACUUACACUCAUCAGAAAAACUAAAACCAACAAACAACAACAGAGUAAAGAAUUACAGGCUAUGAAAACAUUUUUAUUUAAUUAAGUUGAGCAAUAAAACGUAUAAACCGCUAGGAUGUGUUUCAAAUUUUAAUUCGGUCUCUACUAAACUUAAUUUUCUAAACUGUUACUAAUUAAUAGCAGUUCUAAUUCCUAAAUAUAUUUUAAUUAACACAUCAGAGAUUUCCCUGAAAACACAACAAUAUUGAAAUGAUCUCAUUUCGUGUGUGGAAAUUUAGACAGAAUAAAACAACAAUUCUUCUCAAAUAAGUCCUGCUAGACAAUGGUUUAAUUUCUGUUCUAUUUUGAAAAACCCCUCGUUAGACAUUCCACACAAUUAUGUUCUCGUAUAAAUGUUUUAAAGUUGUUACAAUAUUGUCUCUUAAAAUUGUUGUAUUAUAUGUUGAUUGAACGUACUUCAUUCUGUGUGGUGUGAUUAGACAUUCAAUUAUUAGUUUAUAAGUUAAACUUUCAAGUAGUAUAUAUUCAAAUUCAACGAAUAGUAUCAAAUUCUUUUAUGAAAAAUAAUGAUUAUUUGCCCUACACUUUCUUUAUUGGUAUAGCGCACUCAGACCUCUUUAAACAAACAAACAAACAAAACAAAAAAGACACCAAACACCAGGAAUUGUAUGUAUAGCAUUGUUAAAAGUUACACAGCAACGUAAACAAAACAAACAAAAAAUUGUUAUAUAUUCAAAUAAAAAUGUGAAAUUUAAAGCUUCUGCAACAAAUAUUUAUAAUUAAUUAUAUUUUGAAUGAUGAUUGGUUUUUGCAAAUGUUAUUAGAAAAAUCUAUAUGUAUGUGUUUAAUCCCAAAUAUUUAAAAAAAAAAUUAUAUACAUUAUUACUUAAUAUUUAAAACAAAAUAACGUAAUAUGUCAUCUGAUUAUAUUUAAAGAAAAUAGUAAAUCAAUGAGCAAUUAUAAUAAAAUUAUUCAAAUGAAAAAGAAAUAUUAACAACAUUAUUAAAA